ACGCAAGACCUCGAUGCUAAUGCUAACGGCGCUAGUGAAUGCACAUCUUCCAGUCUGCUCAACAUGGCUCCCUUUCCGGACGAGGUGGACGUCUUCACGGGCCCGCACUGGCGAAUGAAGCAGCUGGUGGGCCUUUAUUCCGAAAAACUGUCAGAGACCAACUUCUCCAACAUCAGCGACUUCCGCUCCUUCCUCAAGUCGCUGCUGGCCACCUUCAAGGAGUUCAAGAUGCACGAGCAGAUCGAGAACGAGUACAUCAUCAGCCUGCUGGAAGAGCGCUGCUGCACCGUCUACAACAUGCACUCGGACAACAAACUCUCCGACAUGCUGCUGCUCCUUGAGAAGGGCCUGCACAACGUCAAGAGCGAGUACGAGCAGCUCAACUAUGCCCAGCAGCUGAAGGAGCGACUGGAGGCUUUCACUCAGGACUUUCUGCCCCACAUGAAGGAGGAGGAAGAGGUGUUUCAGCCCAUGCUGAUGCAGCACUUCACCUACGAGGAGCUGAAGGCCAUCAAGAAGCAGGUGAUGGCGCAACACUGCACUCAGCAGCCGUGGAACUGCGCCGCCGACGUCCUCAAAGGCUUCCGCCUGUGGAGCCACGCCGAGGAGCUACAGAAGGCCUUCAAAUAUGCAGACCAUGAGAAAACCGACUACGAAGUGGAGCAUGACGGGGCUUGUUCCAUACACAUCUCCCAACUUCCGGCUGAAGUCAUCUUGAGGAUCUUGGGCUAUUUGGGCCCUCAGGAUCUUUGCCGCUGCAGCCAAGUGUGCUCUUCCUGGUCUGAGCUGGCCAAGACCGGGUCUCUGUGGAAGCACCUUUACCCCGUACGCUGGGCCAGAGGUGACUACUACAACAGCCCGCCUGGCGAUUCUGACCAGGAACCGGAUGACGGCUGGCUGAAGAGUCGGGAGAAGGAAGUGCGCGCGUACCAAGAGUGGGAUGAGGAUGCCGACAUUGAUGAAUCUGACGAGUGCGGCGACUCGUUGGCCAUCAGCACGGCCCAGCGUGAGAAGAGACUCCUGAACGGAAUCAUCCAGAACCUUCUCCCGGUCGUGGGCCCGCACGUCAAGUCGCUGGUGCUGGCCUACGGCUCCACCGUGUCCAGCAAAAUGGUGCGUCAGAUCCUCAGUCUGUGUCCUAACGUGACUUAUCUGGACCUGACGCAGACGGACGUCACCGAUUUUGCAUUUGACAGCUGGUCAUACGUUGGCGCCUGCACUUCUCUGGAGCACCUGGACCUGUCGGGUUGCGACAAGAUCACGGAUCAUGCCCUGAAGAGACUCUCUCUGGCGUUGGGAGACCUCAACGCCCUGUGGCCGUCGCGGCGCCGCCGCCAACGGCGGCAGCGGGCCGUCAUCUUGAAGCAAGGGGCCGGCGGCUGGAGGCCCGCCUGGGUGCCGGCCGACAUCGAGGACUCGGCGGAGUGGACGCGGCGAGGCCGCGAGGAGGUGGAGAAGCGCUUGGUGGAGACUCAACUGGUGGGGAGCCUGUGCUGCUGCAGUCGGGGCCGCAGGACUGGCCCCGAUGCCGCAAUUUUGCACUACGCCGUGUCGACGGACAGGUUUUGCGCUCACGCCGCCUGCUGCAACGGCGACAGCGGCGAAGCCCUCUGGACUAACAGCCGCCGCUCGCCAGUGGACACUAAAUGCCCCGUCAACAGGACUAACAAGUCGGGCGCCAGGCGCGUGCUCAACUUUCUCAGCUUGUCCGGAUGUUACCAGGUCACAGACGUGGGACUCAGGGCCAUGUCUGAGCUGGGAGGCCUUCCGGCUCUGGAGCAUCUCAACCUGUCGGGCUGCCUGUCGGUCACGGAGGCGGGGCUUCACCAGCUGGUGUCGGCUUGCCCUGCCCUCAACGACGAACACUUCUACUACUGCGACAACAUAAACGGUCCAUAUGCAGACACGGCAAGCGGAUGCCAGAACCUGCAGUGUGGAUUCAGGGCAUGCUGUCGCUCCGGAGAGUGACCGCAACAUUAGCCCCCGCCCCUCCCUUUCUAAUUGCACUUUAUCCAACUGGGUGUCACUUGCUGUACGUUGCUGUGUGAAACUGUUAAGACAUCGUUGCUCCGUGUACACUCCAAGGACCAUUUGUUUCGAGAGCCACUCUUUCAACCUAACAACAUCCAACUUUCCCCAAUGUAUGAUGAGUUUGGUGUUUAUUUUGACUAUCCCGACAAAAGGGUUUCGGAGCAGAUAAGAAACACUGUCACUCAUUAAAAAGGAACAGCAGAGAGUAUGGUUGUCAUUUGAUAAGAGAAAUAAAAGUUACCUGAUGACAAAAAA